CGCCGCACCGCCGCCUGGAGAACGUCGGGAAAAGGAAGAUGUCCGCCGCCGCGAUGCACGUACCGCGCGACACGCACAUGGCAGAGACGAUCGCGGACCACGCGGACGAUUCCGCCGGAUGGCGGAAGCCCGACAGGAUGAACUCGACCAUACUGGACAAUUUUAACAAACUGAAGGACGGCAACGACUCCGUGAGGCUGAACGCCGGAGUCGCGCUGCUAAAUUAUCUGCGCCAACAUAACGCGGAUCAGGAUGACAAGGAGUUGAAUUACGCGCUGGUUAGACUGGUGCGCAGUCUGGGCUCCUCGAUGACGGUCACGAGAAGGGGGUUCUACAGCACCCUGACAGUCUACCUGAUGAUGCAUCCCGACACACCGGUGGAGAAACUUCUGUCUAUAAUGAAUUCCCAGUUGCACCCGGCUGGCAGUAAUCCUAAGAGCGAGAACGCCGAUGUAUACAUGGGACGUAUACUGCUGUGUGGCGCGUUGAUAAGGUCCAAGUUACUUGCUCGCAACAGCGUCGAGAUACAACAGCAGAUUACAGAAAUUCUGGUGAAUGCUGGCAAACAGCGCAGCUAUCUGUCAUUUAUCUCUGUUAUGUUUCUCAGCGAGCUUAUCGGUCAGUUUGAUACUGAAUCUAUGAAGAAUGUCUGGCCAAUUGUCGAGAAGGAAAUUGGCAAGCCAUGGUCCGAACAAACUUUAGAUACGUUUUAUGUGCUGCUUAUUGUUAGAGAUAAGCAUCCGUCGCUGGUUAAUCAUAAAUUUUUAAAAGAACACUUGGGUGUGAAGGAGAUUAUUACCAAGGAGUCUAUGGAAGAUAUUGUUAAACUAUUGACGGCUUUACCUAGAAUUAUUUCUUACCAUCAUCCAGUGUUCAAGCUGUUUUGUGAAAAGCUAGUAGCGACCGAGCUUGUGGCAGACUUCUGGAAAGGCAUCGAUCAGAGAUUUCUAAAACCAUCGAAGAGUGAUGAAUAUAUCGCUGUGGAAAUUUUACGACUAAUUCUUGUUAACGUUACGGAUAAAACUAUAAUUCCAACAUUAUUAUCGCCGAAUCUUCUACAACACAUGUUAAAAAGAUUUUCUAACUGCAAGAGGAAUAAUAACGAUGAAGUUUUGGUAGCAUUCAGAAAAGUUUUACACUUGAUAGUGUCUGCUACGAAUGACAAUGACAUGAAGACGAAAGUACAGCUGAGUAUAUUGAAGAAGCUUAUAUUGCAUCCUGGUGACUUGAUGAUAGAAAAGAAGACGGGUGUCAAGGUGACCCAAAUAAUUACGGGAAAUCUGAAGUUAGAUGGUAUCAAGAAAUUGUGCCAAUUGUAUAGAAAUAUUAUAGAGAAUAGGGCAACUAAAGAUAGAGAAGGUACAAAGGCGGAAUUGUGGACAAACGCUGAGCGAAGUUACUCAGCGCAACUGUUAACAAGAUUAAUAGGUCGUCAAGAGACGUUCUCAGAUCAAGACUGGAGACUUGAGCAACUGACGUUCCUGUUCUACUAUGGAUUGUGUGAAGUGUCGAAUGUUGGUGCAGAACUAGCGCAACAAUUUAAAGAUUGUUUUUAUCGUGCCCUGGAUCAUAAAUUACCAAAAUUGGAUAAUGCACGAAAUCUGUUAAGCGCACUCGUUCAUGAUAGAGAUUCGAAAUUGCGAUUAAACGUGAUACAAUUAAGAUCGCCAUUAAACGACGCAGCAUUUGAUGCUUGGGACAAAGUGAUAAACUUGAUUGAAAAACUGGAGAAAAACACAAAAAAUUCGGAAGCCUUGCCGAUAUUUCAUACAAUGAAUUUACACAUGGGUCUACAAUUGUUCUCAGAUCCUGAAAUGGCAAUUAUGUCGAUUAAUGAACUUCAGUGUUGUUACGAGAGAUUAAAUAAAAAGUCCAAGGGACAUAAAAGGCUUGAAAAUACAACUACGGAAGAGGAACCAGAAUGGGUCGAAGUAGUAGUGGAUCUUUUGUUAUCUCUUUUGUCGAAGAACGAUCAUUUAUUCCGUUCAUUAGUUGGCUGUGUGUUUCCACAUAUCUGUCCGUAUCUGACUCCAUCUGCAGUUCAUCAGAUAUUGGCCGUAUUAGAUAUAAAAAAUACUCAAAAGACACUUACCACAAAGCAAAAUGACGAUGAAGAUUCCUCAGGUAUAGAAAGCGAAUCGGAGGAGGGCGAGGAUGAGGAGGAGGAGGAGGAGGAAGAGGAGGAAAGUAUUUCAAACGAUGAGAUUUUAUCGAAGAGUGAAUCUGAGUCUGACGCAAGUGAGGACAAGGAUGAGGAUGAAGAUGAAGAUGAGACAGUGACCGAUAAAUUGAGACUGGCGCUACAUCAGGCUCUGGGUGACGCCGCAAUGCAAACCGACGACGAAGACAUCGACGUAGAUCAAAUAGACGAGGAAGAGGGCAAGCGGUUGGAUGAAUCAUUAGCAGCGGCGUUUAAGAUUCUCCGGGAGAACCGUCAAGCUCGUUCUAAGAAGCAAGGAAAAACGAGCCAGGCAUUGAUGCAUUUCAGAGCUCGCGUUAUAGAUUUGUUAUCUAUUUAUUUAGAUAUUUGCCCGUCUAUGGCGGUCACUCUAGAUAUGAUCGUGCCGCUCUUCGCUCUGCUAGAAUUCUGUAUAAAGGAUCCGCAUCAGGAUCCGCUCGCGCAUAGAAUUCGGGCUUGCUUAAAAAAAUUGUCAACGGUGAAAAAGUUUAAAGAUACAACGGGAGUUGACGAUGCUUUGCUAAUGACAGUGUUAAAGGCUUUGAUCGAAAAAGGAGAGCGUUCUGCUUCGGUCUGUCAAGAACUCAACGAUAAAUUGGCAGAAUGCUGCACUUUCCUCGUAAGGUGCGCGCAACAAGCUAACUUGUCUACUAAGAGCGUUGUAGAAAUUUAUGGUCAAAAUUUAACUGCGUUCUUUAAGAAGAGAGAUUGUGUGCUUUCGUCCAUGUUGUUUAAGGGUGUAUUACAGUUGUGUUGGGAGGAUAAUUGGCAGCUGGCACCUCUGCUGGUGGACUUUGCUUUUGACAGCAGUAUUCGAUACUUCCGUAGGAAUCAAGCGCUGGAGCUGUUAUUAAUUUUCUACAACAAUAAUCGACUGCUGAACAUGGAUACGAAAUAUGCCGACGUGAGAAUGAAAUUGGAAACGACGCUUUGUAAAAACACCAUAGACACACUCAAAGAGACAUGUGAUCUACGUGUGAACGAUAACGGACAAUCUGCUUCGUGCAAUAAUGCUAGCGCACGGAAAAAAGUUAUGCAGAAAUUUAUCGGGCAUCUUCUGAUGCUGUUGCGCGUCGUUUAUGGACGUCAUUUGCCACAAGCAUGGGAUUGGCAAGCCGUUAAAGCGGCGUUAAUAAAAUACAGAAGUCAAAACGCUCUUUCCGGAGAUGCGAAAACUGCCUAUAAGAAGCUGGCAGCAGAGAUUGGAGUACCUCUCAAUAUGCCAUCAACGAAGGGCGAUACCAAGCUGAAUAGUAAUACUGUUACUACACAAAGUAACGGCAAACAAAGCAACGUCGUACCUCAAAACGGAAAAGCAAGUGAUUCGGAAGAGGAGGAAGAACAAGAAGAGGCGCAAAGUAAUAAUGAUCAGAGGAAAAAGAGAAAGAAUAAGAGUAGACAGAGGGACAAGCGAUUACUGAAGAAAGAGGCGCGUGAGUUACGCGCGAAAGUUAUGUCUCAAGAUAUAGAGCUGUUUAAAUUUAGCAGUGUCAGUUUACCGGCGAACGAAGACGCGACGGAAGUUUGUCAAAACGGGAGUUCACACGACAAGUCUACCCGACAGAGCUCGACAACGCCACGGAAGAGGGAACGGGCGACGGAGGGCGAUCGCGAGUCUAAAAGAAGAAAAAGUACCAAUCGUGCUUGAUACAACUUAUAAACUUGCAAAAAUAAAAGAUGUAAAAACACAUA